CAUGGCGUCGCAGAGCAGCCUCUCUACCUUAUUUCCUAUCCAAAGUCAGCUGGAUUACGCCCUAGAUGAUGCUGCGACACAGCAAGAGAAAGAAAAUCUUGUCUACGAGUAUUUGAAAAAACUAGAUGAGUCAGAGGAUCUGAAGAUACCCGAUUUCCAGACAGGCUUGGAUUGGCUGAACACGGAAGGGCCUCUGUCUGUGAACAAGGAGCUGGCUGGUAAAGUGGUGCUGCUGGAUUUCUUUACAUACUGCUGCAUCAACUGCAUGCACAUCCUGCCAGACCUGCACCAGCUCGAGAAGAAGCACUCUGUCAAAGAUGGAUUGGUUAUUGUUGGUGUGCAUUCAGCUAAAUUCCCCAAUGAAAAGGUCCUGGACAACAUCCGCAGUGCUGUGCUCCGCUAUGACAUCUGCCACCCAGUAGUGAACGACAGUGAGGCGUGUCUCUGGCAUGAGCUGGAAGUGUCCUGCUGGCCCACUCUGGUCCUCCUUGGACCACGCGGGAACCUCCUUUUCUCCCUGGUGGGCGAGGGCCACCGAGACAGGCUGAUGCUCUUCACCGAGUUGGCUCUGCGUUACUACGGCGAGCAGGGUCUGCUGCAAACACACACAGUGGGUACCAAGCUGCUCAAAAACACCCUGCCACCCAGCAUCCUGGCCUUCCCUGGGAAAGUGGCUGUGGACAACAGCAGCAAGAGGCUGGCUGUAGCAGACACCGGGCAUCACCGAAUCCUGGUGGUGUCCUCUACCGGGCAGCUGUUACACGCCAUAGGAGGGCCUGAAAAUGGAAGAAAAGAUGGGAGUCUAUUUGAAGCUUCCUUUAACUCCCCCCAGGGCGUGGCCAUAAAAGGAGACACAGUUUAUGUGGCCGACACAGAAAACCACCUGAUCCGAAAGAUCGACCUGCUGGAAGGGACAGUCACCACUCUCGCUGGAGUCGGUGCUCAAGGCACAGACAAAGAAGGAGGGGCCAUGGGACCUCAACAGCCAAUCAGCUCUCCUUGGGAUGUAACUCUAGGCACAGCCGGUGGUGUGGAGGAUAAUGUGCUGUGGAUAGCUAUGGCAGGAACCCACCAGAUCUGGGCUUUGUUCCUAGAUGAUGGAAAGCUGCCCAAAGGAAGUGAGUCUAAGGCUGGUACAUGUGUACGAUGGGCAGGCAGCGGCAGUGAGGAGAACCGGAACAAUGCUUACCCACACAAGGCAGGCUUUGCUCAGCCCUCGGGCCUGGCUGCAGCUCCAGAGGAGCCCUGGAGCUGCCUGUAUGUAGCCGACAGCGAAAGCAGCACCAUCCGCACUCUGGCACUGAAGGACGGAGCCGUCAAGUUACUGAUCGGGGGAGAGAGAGACCCACUGAACCUGUUUGCUUUCGGGGACGUAGACGGUAAGGGGGUGGACGCCAAGCUGCAGCACCCCCUCGGCGUUGCAUGGGCCCCUGAACAAAGCCUGCUUUAUGUGGCCGACUCCUACAACCACAAGAUCAAAGUGGUGGAUCCAAAGACAAAGCUGUGUAGCACUGUAGCAGGAACAGGAGAGGCAGGAGACAACCUGGGGCCUGAAUUCUGCAAAUCCUGCUUCAAUGAGCCCGGAGGAAUCUGCAUGGGGGACGGCGGCAAGCUUCUCUAUGUAGCUGAUACCAACAACCACCAAAUUAAAGUGUUGGACCUGGCCUCGAAGACGGUCUCACUGUUCCCCAUUUCCACGGACUGCACUGAUGCAGUACCUACAAAGUCUGCCAGUCCUGCCAAAGUACCCACACUGCCUAAGUCAGCUGCCAGGAAAGAACUGCCUCUGGUGGCAGUGUCUGCGGGCCAGACUCUCACCAUGUCACUCACCCUGUCGCUUCCACAGGGAUCUAAGCUCACUGAUGAGGCCCCGAGCUGCUGGGCUCUCUCAGCCGAGGGAAGCGAGUGGCUGCUCGACGGUCAACCACUCACCGGAGACAUCGUCGAUCUGUCAAAGCCCCUCCGCAUCUCAACCAAACUUCCACUCAUUACGAAGCCAAAGGACUCCAACGACAGCCCCCGCCUCACUCUGAGCGUAUGGGUGUACUACUGUUUGGAGGCCGGUAAAGCCUGUAUGAUGAAAGCGGCGUCCUUCACCCAGCCGCUCCACAUAAGUGUCAGUCCUGGAGACGAAGAAGUCACCGUAGCGUUUGCUCAUGCCUUCUAAGCAGCCUUUAUUAGCCACAGAAUCGGUUUCUAAAAGACCUUUCACUUCAGAUAAAAUCCAAUUCAUGCAAACUUGAUUUUCAGGGGAAUUUAGCUCCAAGCUACUCAAAAGCCUCUCCUGGGUAGAAGUAUACAGUACAUCAGAGCUGUAGUGCUUUUACUGGUGUGGCAGUUAUUGAUAAGAAUGCAAAUAGUAACAUCACUUAGCAUCUUUAAACAACCAAAGCCCAAUGCAGGUUCAGAUAUGUUUCUAUGAUAGUAUUUAAAUCAGUGUCCACAUACUGUACUGAGGGACUGUGAGAAAAUGGCUCCACUGGCCUGAGAGGAAAAGUUCCUUAACACAACCUUCUCACAUAUUACACACCGUCACUUCAUGCUCAAAACAACUGUUUAGAUUUAACGACUAAUAAAUUUUAAUAAUUUAACCAGCAGGCCAUGAUGUUAGUGUAAGCGUUGGAUAAAUAAAUAAACAGAUAUUCUGCCGUUUAACGAUGUUGUGGACUCAAGUAAGCAAAAAUAAAAGCUGAAGUUUUUGAUUGACUCCGUAUUCUCGCCUGAACUGUCAGAUGGAUCUGAAUUUCAAAGGCAAAAACCUUCAGAUGUUGUGAGCAAGAUAAUGUCUUCCACAACUUGGAAAAAAAAGUAACGACUCUUAAGAUUUAUGUCGCUCCGUUCUCCACAAAGGAUACUGCUGCAUUUCAUCUCAUGUGUAAUUACUUUUUUUAGUAACAAAAAGGAGAAGUUUAAUGACGCUGUGGAUUCAGACAGAUCUGCUUCAUUCAGAAUUCGCUGGCACCAGCAUGGCCUAUGAAUGUUAAUACCCAGUUACUGCCACUUCCUUAAAAUUAGUUUUGCAAACUUAAGAGCGACUCAUUUCGAUUAUUAGGAACCAAAAACUCUGAAAACUUUUCCCUAUGUCUGUCCAGAGAAAGAAGCAUUAGUGACAAAAUGUCUGAAAUGAUACGUAUUAUGCGGAGACUGACAUUUUUUAUGACAGUAAAUUAUAUAUUUAAGACGUGUCUAGCUCCAGAGUAUUCAUCUGCAUCUUCAUAAUUUUCCCAAUAGCAGUCAUGUGUGGGAUUGCUUGAGUUUACAGUCAGCCUUCGGGCACACUUACAGAGGCUUCAUAAACAUUUAUCUACUCUAGCGUCACCGCAGACCAAGUAGUCAUAUUUGUAUACCAAGUUUACAUUCAAGAUAAUCCUGCAAACACAAGACUCUAUUUGUUUCCACACUCCCUUUAUGACUGAUUAUGUGUGAGUGUGAUUAUUCACGGCACAAAAGCCCUUCUGAGUUUGACCAUAAUACGUUCCUGUUAUCUAUGUAAUGAAUAAAGUGCCUGUUUUCGAUAAGGGGGAGCGACCCCUUGCGAACCGAUAACACGGACUCACUGCUGCUUACACUGCUCACUGUGUGUUAUUGUAUGAAAAAAAAACAAAGUCUUUAAUGUUUCUUUUAUUAAGAUCUCCUUUGUCUGCCGUUUAUGCACAUCAUCUCCACGCCACAAAGGGACUCUAAUAUAAAAGAGAUACUCGGAUAAUGAGUUACUGUUAUACAAUGUGCGUUUUGUUGUGUAAUAUGACACUACGGAAGCUGUAUUGUCAUUUUUCUGAUAGAAGUUGUGAACUGUUGUCAGAAAUGGGCCUCAGAGUGUUUUGAUUAUGAUUUAUUUCAUCAUGCGCGGGCCAGACUGUUUUCAUUUGAUGCGGAUCACAUGGCCCAAGUGCCUUGGAGAGACGGCGAUCUGAACCACUGAUCCUUUCACUGUAUGAAAAAGCAAUAAUAUAUUUCUAUAAUGGGACGCAUUUUUAUUCCCACAAGUUAUUUAUUUCAAAUGGCCUGUUUAGCCAGUGUAUUUUCUGAGCUGUUUUCCCUCUGGCAUUUUUAAUAAACAGUAAUGAGCUUGAGAGGUUGCUAAUGCACAUUAAAUUCCACUGUUUUUCAAAUCUCA